CAGAGCUGGGCGCUGCGUGUCUCGGGUGGAGUUCCCCGCGAAGACAUUUAUAUCACCAGCACUCCUUCCCAAAACCAUACUUGUGGACUGUUUGGAAAAUAACUUUUUAUUUUAACGAGUGUUUAUUCUUUAUUGUUUUACCUGUUUACAUUACUUUUAUAAAAGGGAUUACUGUGAAGGUAUUGUCAUGGAAGAUCUCAGGAUUCUCAGCUGAACCAUGGACACGUCGCGGGAAAGCUGAUGGUCCCGUUUUUAUCAUUAAAAGAGGAGCCGAAAGGACUAGUUGGAGAGAAGUUGCAAAGCUCCUACUCUCCUUUGUGACUCACCUCCCAUCCACUAUCCCGAGUUUGAUUCAAAGUUAGAAGGCAAGAUGGCGGCCGAUUCCGUGCAGGGGGACACAUUGGGUCACCAAGUGUCCGAGCGCCUCGGCCUGGGCCACAACCUGGACCUGUCCGACACCAUGGUGCAGCAGAAGCUGGAUGAGAUCAAAGACCAGAUCAAGCGCGAGAUCCGCAAAGAGCUAAAGAUCAAAGAGGGUGCCGAGAACCUGCGUAAGGUCACCACUGACAAGAAGAGCCUGGCCUACGUGGACAACAUGCUGAAGAAGUCCAGCAAGAAGGUGGAGGAGCUCCACCAGGAGCUGCAGGAGCUCAACGCCCACAUUGUGGUGAAGGACCCCGAGGAGCUUCUAGUAUCUGAAUGUCCCAUGACCCCCGACACCCUGAGCAGUGAGGCCCGGACCUGCACCAACAGUAGCCGCCUGGCCGCCCUGAAGAGGCAGAAUGACAUUGAGCUCAAAGUCAAACAGGGGGCUGAGAAUAUGAUCCAGAUGUACUCCAACGGCUCCUCCAAGGAUCGCAAGCUGUUAGCUGCAGCCCAACAGAUGCUCCAAGACAGCAAGACGAAGAUUGAAUUCAUCCGCAUGCAAAUCCUCAAAGCCACCCAGGCUAGUGAAAUGGGCUUUGAGAGUAAUGAUGUUCCUGGCACCAAGCCCAUCAUCAGUCCGCUGGACCUGCGGCUGGAGGAGCUGCGACAUCACUUCCGGAUAGAGUCGGCCUUGGCAGAGGGCGCCCGCAAUGUCAUGAAGCUGUUGGACAAGGUGGCCGAGAAGAAGGGACACUCUGAGGCCCAGGCGGUGCUGAAUGACUCCAGUCAGAAGCUGGACCUGCUGAAGUACUCCCUGGAGCAGCGGCUGAGCGAGCUGCCCAAGAACCACCCCAAGAUCAGCGAGGUCAAGGAGGAGCUGGCCAUGGUGGUGUCGCCUCCGCUCAGCCCACGCCAGAGCAUCAUCUCCACACACACCCAGUACAGCACGGUGGCCAAGCCGGCCGCGCUCACUGGUACAUUGGAUGUGAGGCUCAUGGGCUGUCAGGACCUGCUGGAGACCGUUCCGGGCCGCGCCAAGGGAGGGACGAUGACGCUGCCAGGCUGGAGCCCCAGCGACGCCCGCUCCUCCUUUAUGAGCCGCAGUAACAAAAACCGUGGCAGCAGCAGUCGUAACCUCUCCAAGUCCGACGAGCUGACCAAUGAGAUCAGUGCUGUGCUGAAGUUGGAUAACACCGUGGUGGGCCAGACCAGCUGGAAGCCUGUCAGUAACCAGGCCUGGGACCAGAAGUUUACCCUCGACCUGGACAGGUCACGUGAGCUGGAGAUUGCGGUGUACUGGCGCGACUGGCGCUCCCUGUGUGCUGUCAAGUUCUUGCGACUGGAGGACUUCCUGGACAACGAGCGCCAUGGCAUGUGCCUGUACCUGGAGCCACAGGGCACACUGUUCGCUGAGGUUACCUUUUUCAACCCAGUUAUUGAGAGAAGACCUAAACUACAAAGACAAAAGAAAAUCUUCUCCAAGCAGCAAGGGAAAACGUUCCUGCGUGCGCCACAGAUGAAUAUCAACAUUGCCACAUGGGGUCGGCUGGUCAGGAGGGCCAUCCCCUCGGUUAACAACUCCUACAGUCCCCAGGUGCCCGACCUGUCAGAGCUGGGCCCCGAGAACACCCCUAUCGGCCCCGCAGACUCCCCCACACUCUCCAGCAACACUACAGUGACCAAACUUGACUUUGACAAAGAGGACACCCCUCUACACAAGCGUCACUCGAUCGCUGUGGACAUGCCCGAGGCACUGGCAGAGGGCAAGCUUCCGGAUGGAAAAGCAGUGCAGGAUGCACUGGCGACCUUUGACUUCCUGAACGACCGGCGGAGCAGCAUGGUGGUGGGGCCCCCGGGCCACGACAGUCUGGUUGAGGACGAGACCCCGCAGCCGGAGCUCGAGCUCACCGCCGUCCAGCCCAAAGCAGAGAUCAAGGAAGAAGAGGAAUUCCAGUUCAGCCUCAACGACUUCAAAUGUGUUGCAGUCCUUGGCCGUGGACACUUUGGGAAGGUCUUACUGGCUGAGUACAGGAGCACGGGGGAAAUGUUUGCCAUCAAGGCUCUGAAGAAAGGUGACAUUGUGGCUCGCGAUGAGGUGGACAGUCUUAUGUGUGAGAAGCGCAUCUUUGAGACGGUGAACAGCGUGCGGCACCCGUUCCUGGUCAACUUGUUCGCCUGCUUCCAGACCCGAGAGCAUGUGUGCUUCGUUAUGGAGUAUGCUGCUGGAGGCGACCUCAUGAUGCACAUCCACGCUGACGUCUUCUCUGAACCCCGCGCUGUUUUCUAUGCUGCUUGUGUGGUCCUAGGAUUGCAGUUCCUUCAUGAUCAUAAGAUCGUCUACAGAGACCUGAAGUUGGAUAAUCUCUUGCUGGAUACAGAAGGCUAUGUGAAGAUCGCUGACUUUGGCUUGUGUAAAGAAGGCAUGGGGUUCCGUGACCGCACCAGCACGUUCUGCGGCACGCCCGAGUUCCUGGCUCCGGAAGUGUUGACAGAGACGUCGUACACCCGGGCAGUGGACUGGUGGGGUCUGGGUGUACUCAUCUUCGAGAUGCUCGUCGGGGAGUCACCAUUCCCCGGUGAUGAUGAAGAGGAGGUGUUUGACAGCAUUGUCAACGAUGAAGUUCGCUACCCACGAUUCCUCUCCACAGAAGCCAUCUCUAUCAUGAGAAGGUUGUUGAGGCGAAACCCGGAAAGGCGUCUGGGAGCUGGGGAGAAAGAUGCAGAGGAAGUGAAGAGGCAUCCUUUCUUUAGAAGCGUAGACUGGAAUGGCCUCCUGACUAAGAAGGUCCGGCCGCCCUUCGUCCCCACCAUCAAGGGAGCCGAGGACGUCAGCAACUUCGACGACGAGUUCACCUCCGAGGCACCCAUCCUGACGCCGCCCCGUGAGCCCAGGAUCCUCACCUCCAACGAGCAGGAGAUGUUUGGUGACUUCGACUACAUCGCUGACUGGUGUUAGCGACUCCCAUCCACCCUUCAAUUACAAAACGAAAAAAAAAAAAACACCAAACCAAACGUCAACUCUGCCCCGCCCUCUGUUGUCAUGUUCAAUACUGUGAACCCCCACUCACUGAACAAGCAAGACUCGCCCAUCGCAACGAGCGGUCAGGGUCGUCCACCCACCGCCAUCCUACAUUUUUAUGGAUUUGCUCGUUUUCUUCCUUUCCUCCUCUUCCCUGUGCCAUUGAAGGGACUCGUUUUUUUAAAGGAGGGACAUUUUUUAACUAAAAUCAACCGAAAAAAAUCUGUACCCACAAAUAUGAGUAUAUGUAUAGGUGUAUGCCCUAUAUGGUAUCCAUUUUGUCUUGUCGGAGCACUGGGAUUGUUUAAAAUGGACUCCUUUUGUAUAAGAUCUCAACUGGAUGACUCAUGCUUUUGUGUCAUUUUCCCCCUCUUGUUGGUAUGCUGAGCUUUGUCAAAGUAAUACUUUUUUUUUGUCACUUAAUGUAAAACAAAUCCUCCACCUUUUUUGUUCAUGUAAAAAAAAACACUAUGUUAAUAUUUCAUCAGCCUCAAAGUCAGAGAAAUGUGCCUGUUAAUGGAAGAGGCUGAGUGUAUCUGAGCGGUUAUUGGACUGUAGUCUAGCCUGGUGGGGGGGGGGGGCGUUUAAGUGCUUCCUCUCUCCACAUACAGUAUGGACUGAAAAAGGACCUCUGUGCACAUCUAAGACAAUCAUUGGCUGUCUCCCCAUUCACAACACUACAUCUUCCCCUUUUUUAUAUUUAUGUUUUAUUUUUAUUUUUUAUUCUCUUGUUUUUCUUCACCCCAUAAUGCCUUAAAUUCUCUCAUGGAUGAAGGGCUUACAAAAACGAUAAUAGUCAGGUACUAAAAGAAAACUACCAAAGCUAGCUGCCAAAUACUCCUCCCGCUCAAGGUCUUUAGGUAAUCAACAAGACAUUGGCCAAGAUGGUGAAGUUAAUGGAUGUGUGCAUUUAAAACUUCAAGAAGUUGUUUCACAGUGAUAAAGGAAAAAAAUGCAUUGGGUUUUCAACUAUUUGAUGGUUUUUUUCCAAACUCUUCCAGAUCCCUGUUAACAAUCAUGUACUCUUACAAAAAAAGUAAGUUAUAGUUUUAUACUGUAUUUUUAGAGUAAUAGCAUUUUGAAUCUGCUGUAUGGUAUGAUCUGUUUUUGUUUUUAAUAUAUGGAUGUAUGGACAUCAAAAAAGGAGAGGGCAGCUCGAACUUGAGAGCGAUUCUGAACUUCUCAAAACGGAAUGUAAAAAUGUAUAUUCAUCAGAAUGAAAACAAAGUGUAUAUUUUUUUUCUUUUGUUUGGCAUGCAUGUAUGCCAAAACAGGCUGUAUUUUAAAUAGUGUUUUUUAAAGGACCUUUGUAGUCUGGCUCUUUUGAAAUAUCGCCUGAACUCUGUCCGUUAUGGGAUGCCAUGUGAAGAGGGACUGGCUCUGGUCAUCGUUUUUGCAGACUUGGAUGUUGACCUCAUUAUCCUCCCUGGUCCCGUGACAUUGUAGCACUUGGGCAUUGAAGUAUGGAGGCCUGGGGAUGCAGACUGUUUAAUGAUGCUGGCUGGUUGCCCCUCCUUGGACUAGGGCAUGUGGACCCACAGUGCAUUGGGUGGGCCUGGACUAUGAGGACGUCUGAGGUAGCCCCCCACCCUCUCACACACAUACAACCAAGGGAACCACACUAACUGGUUCCACUCAGUGGAUCACCAAAAAAACACUCAAUAGAACUUUCAGCUUGAUCCUGGUCGUCUUGUCUACGUCCCAUCCACCCCGACCUCUCGUUUUCCUCUACACACCACCCCCCACCCCUUCCAAAGGAGCUUCUGUGAGGAAUGUAUGCGCUGAAUAAACGGAUGGAGAUCCUGUGUUUUA